CCCUCCGUCUAUCCAUUCUCUCUUUCUUUCUUUAUUUUUUUCGUUCUUUUCUUUUCUUUUUCACCCCCUUUAAUGCCCUUGCUUCUGAUUCAUUUAAUAUGCUUUCGUGAUCCUUUUUUUUUUGUUUCCGCAGAAAUCCUUCGAUUCGCUGAAGCUCUCAGCGGCAUCGUGGAUUUCUAGGGUUCAAUAUUCAGGAGCGUUUUGCAUUUGGGAAUAUUCCUUGAGCAACAAGGAAAUUUCAUUGAGCUAUGGGGGAUCACUUGAUUUUGUAUGUUGACCGCCUCAUCACGCCUGCAACUUUACAAUCUAUGCAAGGAGCUGACGUUUCGGGACCUUCUGGAGAAGGCUCUCGCGCUCAGACUGCAGUUCCAUCCGGUCCUGCCGUUGAAGAUAAAAGAGUUGAGGAACAUGACGUCUCCGAUGAGGAAGAACCUCUUCUUCAGACUAUGGAAUGCCGCAUUUGUCAAGAGGAGGACCACAUCAAGAACCUGGAGACGCCUUGUGCCUGCAGCGGCAGUUUGAAGUUUGCUCACAGGAAGUGUGUUCAGCGAUGGUGCAAUGAGAAGGGAGAUAUAACUUGUGAGAUCUGUCAUCAGUCUUAUCAACCGGGGUAUACUGCACCACCACCUCCACCUCGGCCCUUAGAAACAACAAUUGACAUCAGUGGUGCCUGGACAAUCUCUGGUUCUCCUUUGGAUUUGCAUGACCCUCGACUAUUGGCAAUGGCUGCAGCUGAACGCCAUUUCCUGGAAGCUGAAUAUGACGAGUAUGCUGCUACAAAUGCUAGUGGAGCUGCAUUUUGCCGCUCUGCUGCUCUAAUUUUGAUGGCGCUUCUGCUCUUAAGGCAUGCAUUGACUAUCAAUGCUGAUGGGGAAGAUGAUGCCUCCGCAUUCUUCUCUCUUUUCCUUCUCCGGGCUGCUGGGUUUCUUUUGCCAUGUUAUAUAAUGGCCUGGGCCAUCAGUAUUUUGCAGCGCCGAAGGCAAAGGCAGGAAGCAGCAGCAGCUCUUGCAGCAACAGAGGUUGCAUUUGUAUUACAGUCUGGACAACACAGAGGUUUACAUUUCACUAUAGCUCCAGGGAUUGCAGUGACUCCUCAUCAGGAACCACUGCAAUAGAAUAUGGCUGGUGUGCUGGGCAUUUUGAGAGGACAUUGGCUUACUGAUAAAACUUGCGUGGAAGAAAUGAGAGAGGUUAUAUUGGCAUCUUCUAUGUAUUUCUGGCCGGCUUGUUGUAUAAAUGGAGGAUUCGUCUGUCCUUUUAUUUUCUUGUUUUUCUUUUACCGCUUAUUUUCUUUGGUAUGUGUAUAUAAUAUAAACUUGGGAUUUUUACAGCAAGAAUGAAGUUGUUGUGAAUGCUAAAAACUGAUCGUCCGCAGGAAAUGGUAUUGACA